UAUUAAAUGUAAUUUGAAUUGAGCUUCCAAUAUGACAUCUGAUUAUGAGAUGUGUAUAUGCUCCACAAGUGCAUUAGUAUAUAAAGUUGUACAGUACAUUUGUUUUGAGAUGGGUCAGGUCCGUAUAUUAUGGAUCAGGAUCAGAUAUUAUGGGACAGGUUCAGAUAUUAUGGGUCUGGUUCAGAUGUUAUGGUUCAGGUUCAGAUAUUAUGGGCCAGGUUCAGAUAUUAUGGGUCCGGUCCAUAAAUUAUGGGUCAGGUUCAGAUAUUAUGGGUCAGAUUCAGAUAUUAUGGAUCAGGUUCAGAUAUUAUGGGUCAGGAUCAGAUAUUAUGGGUCAGGUUCAGAUAUUAUGGGCCAGAUUGCUGACAGGAAUAGUAUACGUUGAAAAGUUGAUUGCCAAUGAACCAGAAUUUGUUUCCACCAGCCUAAAAUUUGUUUAUGAUUUAUAAAAUCCUUUGGCUGACACUCUGGACUCUAGCGUUGAAAUGUU